UGUAAUUAUAACUGUUCUUAAGAAAUUGCGGUGCGCAUUAGAGCAGAAUUAGCUUACAUUGGCCAUCUAUUCCAAUUUUUUAAUUCAUUUAUUUAAUAUAAUUACAAUGUUUGUGAAAGUGAAAUUAGAGGAUCAAGACAACGCAAAGAAGCCUCUUAUUUUCAGCAUCGAUGAUGCAGCAACCAUUUACAAUUUGAAAUCCAGUUUGGAGUCAUUUGUGAACAUACCUGUGGAUGCACAGGUAAUCCAAAGAAUGGAUCGCAUACUCGAUAACUGUGAUGAGUUGGCCAAAGUUGUUAAUCUGGAGACUGAUGGCGAUAAGAUGAAUGGCGCUGCCAUUUCUUUGUAUACCAACAACAAGUUCUAUUGCUUUCUUCAAUUCUACAAUAAGAACGAAAGCGACAAUCAGAGCAACUUCUUCAGUCAGCCAUCGAAUGCCAAGAAGCUACCCAUCGACACACUGCCACAAUACAUUGAGCAACUCGAUUCGGAUGAAUAUUCUACGUCAUCCACUUCGGAUAGCGAUAUCUCUGAUGAUAGCAGCGAUAACAGUGUAUUCGAAAGCCGUUCAAAGCGCAGAAAGAGAGUAAGCGAAUCGACGGAAGAAAGAAGUAAACCAGCAUCCCCAGUUGUGACCCAGGGAACUGCACCAACAGCCACGCAACAGGCGCAAAUUGUACAGGCAAUUCCUGCACCUCCUCCAGCUCCUGUUGCGAGCAUUCCUGCUACCCAGGAACCGCAGAUCACAGUUGUUAAAGUGUCACCACAGGUAACAGUUGCUCCCAAAAAGAACGAUGUUGAGAUUUCAAAGGAGCAGCCCAUAGCUGCCAGUUUUGUUGCUUCUACAAAACAACAACUAACAGCUGCAAAGGACUCAACUCCCAACGUAGUGGAGAAGCCAACAGCUCCCUACAUUGCCAUGAAACCCGAACAGCGCAAAUAUGCACUGGUUAUCAACAAAGAUAUUGCUGAGCAGAAUUCGAAUUUUGGUCGUUUAAUGGAACAUUUCUAUGGACUCUUUGAAUCGUCGAAAAGUUGUGGACAACUCAACUUUAGCGAAUCGCUCUCAAUCACCGAAUAUGACGAUCAGCUUUGGGUUCUGUGUGAAGAUAAUGAAACAUGCGAAUGGAUUGCAAAAGGUGCACGCAUGUUGAGCUCUUAUAAGUGCUGCAGUUUUGUCAAAUACUUUGGUCUGUCCAAGUGUCGAGUGGUAUUGCCACAAGUGGUUGACGGCAAGGAACUGGCAAAUAUAUUUCAGCUGCUUGAGUUGCAAAACACGGGAUUGUGUACCAGCAAAUGGUGUGUUGUCGAGCGUACUUCACUCGAUCCGAAAAGCAAAGAGUAUGAUUCGCAAGCCUUAACUACUUUGUGUAAAAAUGAAGUACUUGCUCUCUAUGUGGAUCAAGAGAGCAUGAAUUUGAUACAGCAAAAUGGCUUAAAGCUAAAGUACUGCUUCUGGAAACUGACUUUUCAGUUUGAAAGCAAGUUAAACAAUUAAAUUAUAUAACAUUUAAUUUACCUCGAAGAGCAUUUAAAAAUAA